AACAAAUUCACCAACGACGGCACUGGUCGUACCUACCUACCAACGUAUACCGUCCAACCGUCGAAGUGCCAUCGCGAGGUGCGCGUUGCGCGCCGCUAUGCUGAAUCCCGACGUUAUGACCGGCGGGAUUUCUGACAGCUGACGGUGGAACGGCUUCCCGACGAUGCCAGGCGACGCGCCACCCUGACCCUGAGCGUGACACGAACGAGUAGACAUGCAAGGCAUCUGCGAGAACAUUCGUACGGCGAUUGAACACGGACGCACUGACAUUAUCAGAUCGCUUUUGGACGCGUGUGAAAAUGGUAAUGCCACAGAGAGUAUUACGAGAGAUAAGAUAUUGAAUCAACCGGUUCUGGAGGAAGGAACAUUUUUAUCCUACGCCUCCAAGACUAAUCAAGCUGACAUUGUGCGGACUCUUUUAAACUGCGGUGCUGACCCAGCUGUGCAGAAUGCAAAAGGACACAAUGCUGUAGAUGUCGCAGCAAGUGAUGCAAUACGACGUAUUUAUAUAGAGGAACUGUUGAGAGCGACAGCUGCUUCAGAAGUAGACAGAGUAGUGCAAUUGUUAGAUUCAGGAUUAGACGUUAAUUCAUGGGACUCGCAAGGUAGCAAGAACACGCCGUUGCAUUGGGCGGCAUGUUACGGAAACAAGGACAUCGUCGCGUGUUUACUUGAUAAGGGGGCCGACGUGAACGCUGAGAAUGGUUGCGGCGCGACGCCGUUGCACGACGCGGUGAAUCGCGAGGACGUUGCUAUCUGCCAGGAGCUGCUGCAGGCCGGCGCGAAUCCCCUCGUGCGAGCCACCAAAGGGACGUUCGCGGGGAAGACACCGUACGAUUUAUCCAGGAAGAAGCAAUCCCUGCACUGUUUCCUCCAGCGGUUCCUGUCGAACUUCAUGUUGAACGAGAACGAAACGACGAUGCAUAGCCCCACCAUCGCCCUAUCCUCGUUCGCAGAGGGAAACUUCUGCCAGAAAAGCCUCUCGAGCAAUAUGAGCCAACUGUCAAUCGACUCUACCAAGUCCUCAGAUCCGGUGUACGAUGUGCCUUUGCGUGACGCUAGCAAGGAGAGCCCUAACAAGUCCAUCGCCGACAAAGGGAGUAUCUACAACUUGCUGUGGCCGCAACCGAAGGCUGUGAUCGAACUGAAGAACCUCACGGCUCCGUUCAUCGCCGGAAAGGAGCUUUUUAUAUCAAUAAUACAGGGCAGCGAGUCUGUGCACAGAAUACUGGACGUGUGGGAGAUCAGUAGGACUCACCUGCUGGAGUUGGGCCACGAUGUGAAGAUCGGCGAGGUGCAGCCCAGUUGCGGCAAAUUGCUCAACGACAACACGAUCGAGUGCAUCGUGAACGGAAACCUUUUCAACGUCGCGGACGGCUAUCAGCUGCACAUCUCGCAGAACUCCAUCAAGGUGAGCGCCGGCAGUCUAGCGGGCCUGCAUUACGCGGUCUGCACCUUCGUGCAGAUUCUGCGGUUGAGCAAGAGCCAAAGCAGGUCAGAGGUGUGCGAGAUAGAGCCGGUAUUCAUCAAGGACGAGCCGAGAUUUGCUCAUCGCGCCGUGCUAUUGGAUAUCUCGCCCAGGGGACGCAUACCGGCCUUGGAGUACCUGCUGCACACAAUCGACCUGUUAUCGUCCUUCAAAAUCUCGCACUUGCACCUCUACUCCAGGCUUAUACCGAACUGUGACUGGCAACUCUGCUAUUCCAAAUCCGAGAUGGUCACUUUGGACCGAUAUUGCAGAGACCGUCACCUGGACAUAGUGCCCACGCUGGACGUCGAGUCCAACGUCGGCCAGCAUCAUUUGACGCAGAUGUGGCCUAUAUUUCAAGAAUUACUCGCAGUAUUCCCCGGCUUAAGUUAUGUUCACGUCGGCCCGCGACUAGCCAGUCUCCUGGUACAAGCUGACAAUUUCGAUCUGAACGCCUCUGCCAACGAAACUAUUGAGACGGACAUGUCGGAAGUAUUCAAGUCCUAUUCAUGCCUCCAAGAACUCUGGCACAUCCUCAACUUGAGCUCGAGCACAACUCUAUUACUAUGUUCCAACGGUUUACAUUCCAAACCGGAGUUCCACAAUAUACCCACCAAUAUCGUACUCGUGGAGUACGGAUUUCAGGCUGAUUAUGAUUUCUCUGAAUGGACGGAAGCAUUCAGAGUAGCGGGCGGAAACGUUUUACCGAGCUCCGGCACAGCCAGCUACAAUAGCCUGGCGGGAUGUCCGGCAUCGACAUAUGCAAACACACGAAACGCGAUAAAAACUUCCCUGGAACAGAACUCAAUCGGUAUCGUUGUCGCGCACUGGUCAGGCAGCCAUCAUCUCACGCCGCAUCCUUUCGCAUGGAUCGGCUAUCUGGUGGCGGCGGGUUUAGCGUGGAACCCGAUAACGGAGAUAGAUUUGGGCCCCGACGACAGUUACGACAUCCCCGAAUUGUCUGCGUCGGUUAGGGAGAAAUGUAUCACGAAAUUGUUGGAUAUACACGUGUUUCAAGACUCGGAAUAUAAAAUCGGCAGCGCAAUUUUGGAGCUGGGACGUCUGGAUACUUUGGUGCUGACACUGAGCAAAAAUCAAGCGGUGAAGGAUCUGCAACAAAUCCCUGAUAACCGUGGCUCGACUUUGUAUAGGUUAUUGACUGAUCCGGACAACGUUAAUCUUGAGUAUCUUUCGGCCGAUCUGUUUGCCAAAAUGACGAAGCAGAUUAAGCGGAUAUCCCAUUCCUUGUACGAGGCGAAUCUCUCAUCGAAGUUCGCGUCGAUGGAGAUACAGGAGCUGCAACUGACCUCCGACCUGAUGCUGACGGCUUGCAAGAUCGGCCGGACAUUGAUCGGAGUCGGCGUGAAUCCUAACAGCAACAUGGGACUGGCGGUCAUCAAUCUGGGAGUGUGCAACCUGCCGCCGACCUUCAGAACGGACAUUGCGAAUAAGAUGUUGGCUCACAUCGAGCAGUACAAAGGCUCCUGGCUGCAGAGGCAUCUGCCACAGGGCCUUCAAAGCUCUUUGCUAGUUUUGACUAGCGCACUGCACAGAUUCGUGCCAGAAACAUAAGUCUUUUUUUAAGGACACGUUGUAGUACCGAGCAUCUCGGUGAACGGGGGAACGUCCGAAAAACGCUGUGAGAGAGCGACAGUCCGAGAAACCAUUUUUUUUUUUUUGGACAUCUUUUGGUCCUCUGUGUCGUUCAGGAUGUUAGUCGACAGAAGUUCCGAUAAAAGACUGCAAUGUGCGAAUAUACAUGGUAGAUGAAACACACAUUACAUACAGAUACAUCUCCCCCCGAAGUGAAUUCGACAAACGACUGCACAGAGAGCAAUAUAACACUUGUACCUUUAUAUGAUUAUGUACUAAUUAUACGAUUGUAUAUUCACUGUGCAAUAUCGUUUGCCCGAUAUCCGCCGGAGAGAAUUCACUCUCAAGGGGUCAAAGCGCUUUGUUGAGAAAAUAUAAUUUUGUUCAUGCGGCGAAAAAUUCCGAUUAUAAAUGUUCAUUUUAUUAAAUACAGAAACAUUUAUUAACUACGUGUAUUGUUAUUGAUUGUUAUAUGUGAGAAUCGUGGUUGAUGUGUAAUUAGCGACAAAUCAUGAUCGCGCCAUUCGCUUCCGCAUGAACAUGUGUAGUUUGCAAAAAUAGAAGUCGGAGUCCUUUACAAUGAGGUAAUAUAUAUUUUCCAUAAUACCAUCAAAUUUGAUACAAUUAUACUAUCUUAUAUAAUAAAUAUACAUUGUUCACAUGCAAUAAAUAUCAUCGAUGCGAUAACAAUUAUUUUAUCAUGGAUAACAUUCCAGGAAAAUAUGAUUAUAUCUGAAUUUUGUCUUUCAUAUGCUCAUAUAUAAUUAUACACGUCACAAUUAUACAUACAUCUAAAAAAGAUGUUAUACGAAUAUAAUUGAGGUAAAUAUUUAUGUUUAUGACUAUCCAUAAUAUAAACACUUAAUUGAAUCUAUUUUUUUUGUUUUUCAUUCAACAGUAUUUUUAUUUCGCGCGCGUAUGGACAUAUAUAAAUAUAU